AUGCUACAAGAUCCCUCGGGAGUGCGAGUAAUGACGCCACUCGCCCGCGGCGGCGGAGACCUCGCAAUUACACCUCAUGACCCUUUAUUUCUUUGGAAUAUAUUCUUGUUUGUAUUCCUGAACGACCGAUCUGAAGACCAACGACGGCCGACCGACGCGACACGUGCUCCUCCUAGAUACGAAGGUUCAACACCAUCAACUCCC